AUGACAGCUCUCAGUAAUGGUAUCUCUUGCUUUCCCUGUACAGAGUUUUGCCGGAUUGACAAGCACCUGUGCCACAGUGAGGAUGAGAAGCUCAGUUUUGAGGCAGUCCGCAACAUCCACAAGCUGAUGGAUGAUGAUGCCAAUGGUGAUGUGGAUGUGGAAGAAAGUGAUGAGUUCCUGAGGGAAGACCUCAAUUACCAUGACCCAACAGUGAAACACAGCACCUUCCAUGGUGAGGAUAAACUCAUCAGCGUGGAGGACCUGUGGAAGGCAUGGAAGUCCUCAGAAGUAUACAACUGGACCGUGGAUGAGGUGGUGCAGUGGCUGAUAACAUAUGUGGAGCUGCCUCAGUAUGAGGACACCUUCCGGAAGCUACAGCUCAGUGGCCAUGCUAUGCCAAGGCUAGCUGUAACCAAUACCACCAUGACAGGGACUGUGUUGAAGAUGACAGACCGGAGCCAUCGUCAGAAGCUGCAGCUCAAAGCCCUGGACACAGUGCUCUUUGGGCCUCCUCUCUUGACCCGCCAUAAUCACCUCAAGGACUUCAUGCUGGUGGUGUCUAUUGUUAUUGGUGUGGGCGGCUGCUGGUUUGCCUAUAUCCAGAACCGUUACUCCAAAGAGCACAUGAAGAAGAUGAUGAAGGAUUUGGAAGGGUUACAACGAGCUGAGCAGAGUCUGCAUGACCUUCAGGAAAGGCUGCACAAGGCCCAGGAGGAGCACCGCACAGUGGAAGUGGAGAAGGUCCAUCUGGAGAAGAAGCUGCGCGAUGAGAUCAACCUUGCCAAGCAGGAAGCCCAGCGGCUGAAGGAGCUGCGGGAGGGUACUGAGAAUGAGCGGAGCCGCCAAAAAUAUGCUGAGGAGGAGUUGGAGCAGGUAGGAGAUUCUACAUUUGGGUUGCUUGCAAUUUGUUUGGCUUUUAUGAAGAACAUGGCAAUGAUGGGCAUAAGCACUAUUUCUGCUGGAUGUCAGAUGCAAUUAUCUCAACUCCAGGAAAUUGUUGAUAUUCUGGGUCAAGCUAUCAUUUUAGGAAAAACAAGCAAUAUCUUUGGAUUUAAUAUUUCUUCCAUGUCUAUUACCAGUCCUAUCCCCAGCCCAAGUGAUUCUGGCUGGACUAAGGUGACUGCCCAACCAGUUGAAAGGUCUGCGUUUCCUGUUCAUCAUGUAGCCUUUGUGUCCUCACUCUCAGUGAUCACUCAGCCGGUGGCAGCACAACCAGGACAGCCAUUUUCUCAGCAGCCUUCAGUAAAGGCAGUAGAUUCCGAUGGUAAUUGUGUUUCAGUUGGGAUUACUUCACUGACUUUGAAGGCCAUAUUAAAGGAUUCCAGUAAUAACCAAAUCAGUGGACUUAGUGGAAAUACGACAAUUCCAUUUAGCGGCUGUUGGGCCAACUACACAGACCUUACUCCUCUUACAACAGGAAAAAAUUAUAAGAUUGAAUUUAUACUGGAUAAUGUUGCUCGGGUGGAAUCCAGAACUUUCAGCCUGCCAGAACAGUCUGUCUCCAGCAGCAGUAGCAGCGGUGGUAGCAGCAGUAGCAGCAGUAGCAGCAGCAGCAGCAGCAAAGUGUCCACGGUGGGGACAUCUGCCCAGACAAUGACUGUAGUAAUUGGCUGUCUGAUGGGAAGAAUGUUGCUCUUGGAAAUAUUUAUGGCUGCAGUUUUUAUUUUUAACACAGCUAUGGGAAGCAACUAAAGUGUUGUUCUGAGGAACAGGAGGAAAACAAAAAUACAAGAAUUGCUUAUUUAUGAGCUAUUUUGUUGCACAAGAAAAAGUCUAUAGCAUUUUCAAGUAAACAUGUUAAAAUAUUUUUAUAAUAUAUAAAUUGUACAAAUUAGCUUUAAUCACGAAAAUCAGAUUUGUUCAAAAUAUAAAUUUCUUUUGAUUCCUUA